CCUCGAAACUUGCUCGAUUGCGCGCCCCUGGCCUGGCACUACAAAACGAGCUUAUGGGGAUGAUCUGAAAAGUAAUCCGUACAGCUUGCCGUCGCCAUGUCUACCAGACUCUUCCUUUGCAGCGUAACCGCCGGGCUUACCGUUGCCAUGGACAUGGGGUCUGGUUCCUCAGCCUCCAACAUCACCAACCUUCCUCUCUCCGAUCCGAGAUGCAACAGCGACACAUGCCUUGCGUUCAAGGCCGCACACGCAGCUUCGCAAGCACAGAUCUCGUGGGCGUCACAGUUCCUCUACGGGCACUAUACCACCUGGUACUACCUUGUCGCGAUCUUCCUGGCAAUGCUUUAUUACGCCUUCAAGCUCUUUCGUUACCGUCGCCCAGUAUCUAGCUCCCAAGCCGGAAGGACCGGUUUGCCGAAGAAAGCGGUUGCACUGUUACGAUACAUCAGCUACAGGCGCAUUCGCGGCCGCUACGCAGACGCUUUCGGACUUCCAUCCUUCGGACUGCUUUUCUUCGUUCUCUUUACAAGCCUUUACCUACUCCUCCUCACCUUCGUUCAGAGACCGUAUUAUCGAGGCCAUCGUGGCUAUGGAUCUCCUCCACUCGCUGUUCGGACUGGGCUUAUGGCGACAGCCCUGACGCCCAUCAUCGUGGCAUUGGCUGGGAAAGUCAACCUCAUCACGAUACUCACCGGCAUUAGCCAUGAAAAGCUGAACAUCCUCCAUCGCUACACGAGCUACAUGUGCCUCUUCCUCAGUAUUGUCCACACGGUUCCGUUCAUUGUUGCGCCUCUUAAGGAUGGCGGGGCCAAGCAAUUGCACAAACAGUAUUACAAAGUCGGUGGCAUGGAGUACACUGGAACGCCACCCCUCGGUAUCCUCGUUGGUAUUUGCGUUCUUUCCAUUCCUUGGAUCCGGAACAAGUCCUACUCGUUCUUCUAUCGCCUACACAUCCCCCUAUACGUCGUCUAUCUGGGCCUGAUGUUCUGGCACUGUGCCCAAGAGCUCGACUCGUGGGACUAUCUUUGGGCGACUCUUGCCGUUUACCUUACCUCUGCCGCCGCUCGCGCAUUCUACAAAUGGCAAACAUUCAACAUCUUCCGUCCGUGGGUCCAAGGGUUUCCAGCCCAGCUAACCCCGCUCGAAGGAGGGAUGACAAGAGUUGAUGUCACUGUUCCAGAUGACUUCAAGUGGAAGGCUGGUCAGCAUUGCUGGCUAAGAUUCCCGCACCUUUCCCUAUUGCACAACCACCCAUUUACCAUUGCGAGCUUGCCGCACGGGGCGAGCAGUCAAACCGAAAAGAGCAGCAGGGAAGAGAUCCUUCGUUUCUACGUCCGAACAUACCGAGGCUUGACAAAAGAGCUGGCUGCGUCCACCGUGAGAACAGACCAGGCUCUGGACCGGCAACGCACUGUCCACGUCGACGGCCCAUAUGGCGGGCUGGUGAUGAACCUAGCGCAGAGGCACGAUCAGCUAAUUUUCGUCGCAGGUGGUGGCGGAAUCUCUGCGUGUCUGCCCUUCAUGCUCGAGACUGGAAUGCGAAUGGCCAAGGGCGCGGCAUUCACCAAAUGCAUACACCUGGUCUGGAUGGUCAGGGAGGAGUGUCAUCUGCAAUGGGUUCGCGAUGAUCUCACCGAGCUGGUUAAGGCGGUGGGAGACGGGGCCUUUGUUCCGCACUUCUUCGUUACGGACGCCUCAUCCAGACGUGAAAGCCCCAAUGCCACGAAGACAGAGCUCGAUAAGGAUCUCUCAAAGGACAUUAGCGUUGCUGCAUCUCCUGCUUCUCCUCUGGAAGUUGGUUCAGUUCGUUAUGAGCGGCCGUUCCUACUCGACAUUCUUCCGAGUAUACUUAUGGGGAGGCGGAUCAUGGUAUUUGGAUGUGGACCAGAGAGCUUAAAGGCCGAUUUGGCCAACGCAGCCGCAAGAGUCCAAUCUCGAGUGUGGUGCGGAGACGCCGAUGAGAUCGCCCUGCACACAGAGACUUUUGGGUGGUAGUCAAAGAAGGCGUUUCGCUCGCGGACUUUCUUUAGACCUAAAUUACACGCCAUCACUUCUAGUCGCAUUGCUCAUCACUGC